GGGCCGGGGGAGAGGAGGAGGGGCGGCGGCGGCCUGGCCGGCCGCCUUCCAGCAGCCGGUGGUGGGGCCCUGCCCGCCGCCGCCGCUCCUCGCCGCCAUGAGCGCUGGGCAGGCCGCGGGGGAGGCGGCGGGCGCCGCUGCGGCCUCGACGUUGCCCAGGGUGCUCUCAGCCCUUUUCUACGGGACUUGCUCCUUCCUCAUCGUGCUGGUCAACAAGGCCCUGCUCAGCGCCUACAGCUUCCCAUCACCGAUGUUUCUUGGAAUUGGACAGAUGGCAGCCACUAUACUUAUCCUGUAUGUGUCAAAACUGAAUAAGGUUGUGCACUUCCCUGAUUUUGACAAAAGUAUACCUGUGAAGUUGUUUCCUCUGCCUCUGAUUUAUGUUGGAAACCACAUAAGUGGAUUAUCAAGUACCAGCAAACUCAGUUUGCCGAUGUUUACAGUACUCAGGAAGUUUACCAUUCCACUUACUUUACUGCUGGAAAUCAUCAUACUUGGGAAACGAUAUCCACUGAGUAUUAUAGUCAGCGUAUUUGCCAUCAUUCUUGGGGCUUUCAUAGCAGCUGGGUCCGAUCUGUCUUUUAAUCUGGAGGGCUACAUGUUUGUAUUGCUAAAUGAUAUCUUCACAGCCGCAAAUGGAGUUUACACAAAGCAGAAAAUUGAUCCAAAGGAGUUGGGAAAAUAUGGUGUCCUUUUCUAUAAUGCUUGUUUCAUGGUGAUUCCAACAGUUAUUAUUAGCUUUUCUACUGGAGACUUACAGCAGGCAACACAUUUCCAGCACUGGACAAAUAUUUUAUUUGUCUUCCAAUUUAUUCUUUCCUGCGUGUUGGGGUUUCUCUUGAUGUAUUCUACUGUCCUGUGCAGUCAUUACAAUUCUGCGCUUACAACGACAGUUGUUGGUGCCAUCAAGAAUAUAUCCAUUGCUUACAUUGGAAUGUUGAUUGGUGGAGAUUACAUAUUCUCUGUGUUAAACUUUAUAGGGCUAAACAUUUGUAUGGCAGGAGGAUUGAGAUACUCAUUUUUAACAUUAAGAGGAAACAGCAAGCCUAUGCAACAUGGUGAUGAAGAGAACACACUUCCUGAGUCAAAGAGUUAGCCAAAAGGCCUGCCUUGAAAGAGACUGAAGAUACACCUUUGUUAGCGUUGCUGAGAACUUAAAUAAGUAUAUGCUGGAACGUAUUUGGAAUAAGAAAAAAAAUCUACCUCAAUUGCCACAGAUGCGCACAGAACUCAUUGGUUCAGAAGUUUUCUUGUACACCAUGUUUUUUAUAUGUGGGCAAGUUUAAUUUUACACCAUGGCGUAAUUUUUAGGAAGGCAUGCCACACAAAUCUCAAGUUGUAAAUUUCUUCAUUUACCUGUACUUUGGUGCUGUUUGUUCUGUUUCAGUGUCUGCCAGUGCUCUCUGAGGCAAAACUGCCUGUAAAGAUCAUGAGGCUUGAUUCACCAUUGCCUUACGCCAUAUGCAAUCUUUGACAUCAGUGAAGAGGUGAAAGACGCUAGUGAUUCAGAAUGAGUUCACAUACGCAUUUGCUCUUGUGUAAGUGACUGUGGAACGUAUGGGGCAAAGAGGAGAUAAGCCCCAAGACUGUUCCCUGUGUAAGUGCUGACUGAAGAAUUCAGGAUAUGGCCUAGUGUGUUCGGUAUGCAUUGUGUAGACAUUCUCUGUCAAUCUUUUCCUCAUCCAUCAAUAACAUCAUGGUGUUCUGCUGUAAUUGUCACUGGUAGAAGUGAAAUCUCAUAACUUUGCUGCAAGAUCAAGGGGAGAGGAAAUUGAGAGAACAUUUUCUAAUAUUUAAAAAGAUUUUUUGUGCGUGUGAGCCAGUACCAAACAGGUAAUUAGGAGAGAUAACAAAGGUAAAUAUUUUUGUUUAGGUACAUUUGUCUUUUUAUAUUACAGUCUCCUCCUCUGAUGUUUUGUCUACAAUUACCUUUUAAUGCUGCAGAGAAGCGAUGCUAGUGUAUACGAACCAGAGAGCAGUUUGAUUGAUGUAUGGAUUGAUUGAUACAUGGAAGACUAACUUGUUUUUAAAUGAGGAGAAAGGAUCGCUGUCUUGCUGUGUCUUACGUGUGCAGUGAAAGUUUGUCUGGUACUAGUUUGUGCUUAAAAUUCAAAAUAGGGAAUCACAAGAAGCCUAAGGGAUUGCUACAGUGGGCAAGGCUGGUCCAGUGGUUUAAAAAAAAAAGGUCUGGCAUCUGAUUGUUUGGGUUAUCAUCUGGGACAAUAAUAGCACCACUCUGUAUCCUGAUUUCCUUCUCUGCAAAUACAGUUGAUAAUGCUUACCUGUGUCUCUGAGGAUAUAGCAUUAAUCUUUGAAAGCACCAUAGAAGCAUUGUGGCACUGGAGGAAGUCAGAGUAAUUAAUCUUCUUGAAGAUUUCAACUCCCUGCAAGCAAGAGCCAAGAUUUUUUAAAAUAAUCAAAUCAAAAGAAGAUUUUGGAAGAUCAUGACAUGGAACCAGGGUGAUCUAAUGACUUGUUUUAUCCCUACUUGAAUUAAAAUAUAACUAAAUCUGUAAAGCAUUACUCUGCGUGUAACGUGUGAAUGACCAGACUGAAUUAGAUCUAGGAAACAUGUGAGUAGCUCAUACCAGAAGCUUCAGGGAAUGACCGGGCUGCCGACUGCCUGCGUGGAUUUGAAUGGCAAGAGGAUGAGUGACUGCAGAUAGUAGAAGUGGAAUUUAAGGGCACAGUCAAAGUGGAAACAGAAGUCUGGGCUAUCCAUUCUCACAGUUGGCUAAGAGGUGUGACUUUCAUUUUCUACCUGUUGAAGAGCUGGAAAGGGAAGGGGUUGCUGAAAAUAUUUUAGAGAGAUCUGUUUUUAAAUAUUUUUUUAUCCUUAGAAAGCCUUCAAUAUUUUUGAGCGUAUUCUUUUGUAGGAUUCCUCUUUCUCAAGAUCAUCUCUACCUCCAGAAUCCUAAUUAUUGAACCUCAUCUCUCUACAGUGGGACAAGUCAUUGGAGGGUUUUCAUUAAUUAUGAAAAGGUUAUGAAAGCCAUUUGAUUGCAAUACAAAUGGACACAUAAUGGCACCCACUAAAUAAUAUUUAGUUCCCACAAAGGACCAGCUACUGUGUACA